ACAGUUUAACAUGAAUACCCCACUCCGGGCGGACGCUCUACCACUAGACCACGGAGGUGGUCCGCACCAGGAAGAAAACCCGCCACACCCGUAAUAAGGUUGUGCUGUGCAGGUGUGUAACAGAGGCAUGCGGUAUCAAGAUAAACAUAUCACGUGGAUCACGCAAGUUGAUAUCAGUCAGUCUGCCGGGCUGGAUCCAACCAGGAAGUCUUACAUGUGCCCGGGCGUUUCACGUAACACCAUACCUUGCAGCUUCAUGUUCUACCACUGAAGAUGGCAGGUUCUGGAGUCUCCCCUCUGGAAGGUGCAAGAAACAGGUACAUCAGUGAACUGAUAUCUCAGACCCAGGCUGCUCUUGGUGAUGUCCCGUUGGAAUUAAGGAGACAAAUUCUAGACAAACUAGACAAAACCUUAGAGACAGGACUUCAUAACGUUGAGGAGCGGAUUAGUUCCUACCAUCAAGACUUCUGUAAGCCAGAUUUAGACCAAGAAGGACUGAUACAGAUAUGUCACCAAAUGAUAUAUAUGGAACAUCUUUUGAUGCAAAUCUUUCGGAAUAAAAGAACAGAACUAGAAAUUGAUCAAAGUGAAAAUGAAGGCACUGAUAUCGAGGAUGCAGACCACAUCCAUUUGGAGUUGUUCAAACUAUGUCAUCAUGAUCUACUCAACGAUGUAAGCAUCGAAGGCACAUACAUUCUGGACAGACUGAUACAAGAUCAGCUUCUCACAGACGACGAACGUGAAAGCAUAAUCGCCAUGAAUCCCACAUCCCGGCGACGAAAGGAUGCCUUCCUGGAUCUCAUGAGAGGUCGACUUUCUUAUUCAACUUUGAUGAAUAACUUCAUACCAGCAAUUGGGGUAGAGUAUCCAGACGUUGCAAAGAAGUUAAGUCAAACAGCACAACAUCUGAAGACCGUACCAACAAGGACCUAUGUAUGUGCUGUUUGCAAUAUGAGGGAAAAUGUCCAAGUCAAGCACCUUGCUCAACAUCUUUCAAAAGACGGAGUAAUAUCUGCAGACGAUUACCAAGAACUGAGAAACACACAAACAUCCAAUACCACAAAGUGGUCAUACCUGUUUGCUAAAAUAACCAACUUGAAUCACGUUGCUGAAGCAAUAAAAACAAGCUAUCCGCAAAUAUACAAACAACUUCAGCACCAAAACAAACUUGACCUCAGAUGCAAUUGUUCAUCCCUGAAGGAAGGAAAUGACAGCUGCUCGACAGACAAAGAGUCUGCAGAUGUCGCUAGGAGUGAUGUAGGACGUCUGUCUGAUCUGGAAUCUCUGUUUGAAACAAGUGUCUCGUUUGCAUCAGGAACAUUAUCACAAACGGAAUAUCAAGUUCAUUCAACCCCUAAGGGCAUUGCAAUUAUCAUUUGUAAUCCAAAAUCAAAUCCACAUGCUGAAUUACACCGCUAUUUUGAAAAGGAUGCUGCCAAACUGUACAGAACAUUUCAGAAGCUCGAUUUUGAUACUCGACUCCAUACAAAUAUUUCUAAAAAACGUAUGAAAACACUGUUGGACAGUGUUGCGCAGAUGGAUCAUAGUCAGUUUGAUGCUUUUGUGUGUGUCAUCUACACUGAAACCAAGAUAAUAGGUUAUCGUCAGUGUGUUCUUGAUGCAAAAGCAGCACCAGUGCCUUUCCAAGAUCUGAAAGAUUUGUUCAAUGCAUCGCGAUGCCCGACUCUGUCAGGUAAACCAAAAGUGUUUUUGAUACCAUGUGGGCAGGGGACCAAUUUCAUGUCGGGUGUCAAGCCAGGAAGUGGAACUGGAAAUGAUACUACUGUCCCAAGUGAAGCUGACUUUCUUGUGCUUCAGGCUACAGCACCGGGAUUUAAUGUCAUUGGUGAUGAUGAAUUUAGUGGAACUUUAUGGGUGAAGAAGUUUACUGAAUUGAUGGACAGACAUUCAAAUAAUAUUGAUGUUGUCACCUGCAUGACACACCUUGCAGCAGAAAUUAGCUGCCAGAAACUCUGGGGUAUGUGGAAACAGAGUCCACACAUUGAAAGUACACUGAGAAAACCACUAUUCUUCAGAGAGACGAUUCCUGAUGAUAUAUCAACUGGGUAAAGUUGUUGGAUAAGAGAAUUAGUACUCAACAGUUGUCAUUACUAAGGACCAGUUUGAUUCUCAGUGUACUAUUUGGUCAAAAGGGUGUGCCAUUGACACCACAAGUAUGUAAGAUUUGAGUCUGGGCCGGGCAAAUCAGUGGUUAUGUCCUAUCUUGUCUGGGUCUGAAAUGAUCAUCAGCCAAGUCACCAAGCCACAUCAACCAAUUCCAAUGUUUGUCUGCUUGGACAACAAGCAUAAAGAAUUGGUGGUCCAUUCUGACAAACCAUACACUCGACAAAUAGGAGAUAGACAACCCCAACCUCCUCAUCCUGACUGGCCAAUAUCAGUGACAGUAGCUUGUCGUCAGCAACGUUAAAUGGAAUGAAGAAGUCAAGUCCUGGCACAUGGAUCAACUGUAGUACGAAGUCCGACAUUACUAGAAAGACUGUACCUGACCAGGAUGUAUUUGUUUGUUUGUUUGAUUGUUUGUUCUUUAACGCCAUACUCAGCAAUAUUCCAGCUAUAUAUACAGCGGUCUGUAAUCAAGCCUGGACCAGAAAAUCCAGUGAUUGAGCAUGAGCAUCGAUCCAUGCAAUUGAGAUCGAUGACAUGUAUCAACCACGUCAGCAAGCCUGACCACCAAAUCCAAUUAGUCACUUCUUACGCCAAGAAUGGGUUUGUGUAACUUUGCUAACAUUCAUGCGCGUCCUGUGACUUGGUAAUGGAUUCAAUGAUGUUCUACUGCUGUAUCAGAAGCAAAUACAACACAAUGAUGUGUGAUGCCGUAUGCUUAUUAUACAUUGAUUUUCUUUGCUUAAUCCAAAUUUGACAUGGACUGUACGAACAUUGAUUGUAUUUUGUAUCGGAACAGAAACAUCAGAUAGAUCUUAGUACAUUUCAGUUUAAUUAGUUCCAAUGUCAAUACUGUUUUUAGUCCAAUGGCAGUGAAUAUCACUGUGAUCUUAUGCAUAUAGGAUGUAAUAUUUAGCAUCAGGUAAACCCAAACAGAUCUGCCUGUUAACAUGGGCAGUGUUCCACAAAGUGCUUUAACAGCUAAGAUAAUUGUUAGUUUGUUUGUUGUUUAAUGCCACACACAGUAACACUCCAGCUUUAUGACAGCAGUCUGGAAAUAUUCGACCCUGGACUAGACAAUCCAGUGAUUGGGACACAAUAACACACAUCAACCAAGUCAACAAGUCUGACCACUCGAUCCCAUUAGUCGCCUCUUACGACACGCAUGGGUUGCUGGGGACAAAUUCCAGAUGCAAGCCACGAACUUCUACAUAGAUCUGCAACAGACAUCGCUUUGUGGAAAUGACCCGUGAAGAUUCAGGGUAGAAUAGGUCUUCAGCAACCCAUGCUUGACGUAAAAGGCGACUAAAUGGAUCAGGUAGUCAGACUCGCUGACUUUGAUGCAUGUCAUUGUAUUCAAAUU